AUGGCGGAUAACAUUCAAAAACCCAGUUUAAUCGUUCUCGCGCUCUUCCCAGCCCUCAGCACGCUGGUGGUCAUAUUGAGAUUCUGUUCGCGAUAUCUGAUCCGGCAAUUUGGGUGGGAUGAUGCCUUGAUUAUACUCGCAUGGCUUCUAGCCGUUGGUCAGGCAGCCGCAGACUGGAUGUUCACGAUAACAACAUGGCAAGGGUACCAUGUAUGGGACAUUCCAGAACAAAGCAUGGAGGAACAGACCAUUGGCUUGAAAUACAACAUUGCGAACCAAUUACUCUACAACCCAAUCCUCGCCAUUGUCAAAGCCUCUGUCAUUGUAUUCCUCUACCGCCUCGAAGACCGUCGCCCGAUAGUCCUCUGGAACCUCCGCAUCCUAUUCUGCGUCAACAUCGCGCUGAUGAUUGCCAUAUUUUUGGCUGAUCUCUUCCAAUGCACCCCGAUGCACUAUUUCUACGAUAAGCCCGCAAUGGAUCUGGCCGCACAACAGGCUGCCGGCGCCGAUGAAAACGGGAUGAAGGAUGGCGAGCUUAUAACAGGCGGAACAUGCAUCUCGCAGAUCAAGUUCUUUCUCAUCUCGGCGGCCUUUACAAUCAUAACCGAUAUAUGGCUGCUCUGCAUUCCCAGCAUCAUCGUCUGGCGACUGCAGAUGAACAGGAACAGGAAGAUCGCUAUAAUUGCGGUUCUCAGUAUGGGUGCCAUAGUCACUCUAGUCGGAAUAGCCCGACUAGCAGUAUACGCGCACAGAUUCCGCCCGAACAACCCAGACCCGACCUACGAUAUUGGCCAUAUCACCUCCAGCAUCGAAGUCAACGUCGCGAUAAUGACGGCAUCAGCCACCGCGUUCCCGGCCCUGAUCAGCCGCGUUGCACCCCGAAUCUGGUCCAGCAUUGACCGCACGACCGAGCGGCGUCGUCAAACAGGGCAUUCGUGGGCAGUAACGGGGGGUUCUGGGAGUGGCACUGCCAGUGGCACCCGUCGUGGUCGCGGUUCUUAUGUGAUGAUGGGGAAUAUGAAAUCGAAUGGGCCUGAUACUAGCCAGGAGCGGAUUAUAACGCAGGAAGCGCACGCUGUCUCUAAAGAUGACCGGAUAUGA